CAGCUGUCAGCGCCGGCGGGCGGGUUCUGUGGAAGCGCCACCUGAAGCUCCCAGCUCCUCUCUCCACAUCAGAACACGGUGAUCUUCAGACUCAUCCGAGAAGAUGGAAGGACAGGAAAAGCAGGUCACAGGUUAUCUCCUCUUCUCUUUGGCCACCGCCGUCAUCGGCUCCCUGCAGUUCGGGUACAACACCGGAGUCAUCAACGCUCCGGAGCAGAAGCUGCAGGCUUUCUUCAACGACACCUGGAUGGAGCGUUACGGGAAGCCCAUCAGCCCGGGGGUUUGCACCAUCGUCUGGAGCGUCUCCGUCUCCAUCUUCAGCGUGGGCGGCAUGGUGGGCUCCUUCAGCGUGGGCGUCAUGGCCAACCGCUUCGGCAGGCGCCGCUCCAUGUUCCUGGUCAACUCCCUGGCGAUCAUCGGCGGCCUCCUCAUGGGCUUCUGCACCAUCUGCUCCUCCUAUGAGAUGGUGAUCGCCGGCCGUCUGGUCAUCGGCUUGUUCUGCGGCCUCUUCACCGGCCUGACUCCCAUGUACGUGGGGGAGGUGUCGCCCACGCCGCUCCGCGGCGCCUUCGGCACGCUGCACCAGCUCGGCGUGGUCGUGGGAAUCCUGAUCGCUCAGAUCUUCGGUCUGGAGGGUCUGCUGGGCUCCCAGAAGCUGUGGCCCCUGCUGCUGGCCCUCACCGUGGCGCCCGCCGUGCUGCAGUGCAUCCUGCUGCCGUUCUGUCCAGAGAGCCCUCGCUUCCUGCUCAUCAACCUGAAGCAGGAGGAGCAGGCGCGCAAAGCUCUGGUGCGUCUGCGCGGCACCGAGGACGUGAGCAAAGACCUGCAGGAAAUGAAGGAAGAGAGCGCCAAGAUGGCCAUGGAGAAGAAGGUGACCAUCCUGGAGCUGUUCCGCUCGGCGUCGUACCGCCAGCCGCUGCUCAUCGCCGUCAUGCUGCAGCUCUCCCAGCAGCUGUCCGGGAUCAACGCCGUGUUUUACUACUCCACCGGCAUCUUUAACACGGCCGGCGUGAAGCAGCCCAUCUACGCCACCAUCGGCGCCGGCAUCGUCAACACCGUCUUCACCGUGGUCUCUCUCUUCCUGGUGGAGAAGGCGGGCCGGAGGACGCUACACCUGCUGGGACUGGGCGGCAUGGCGGUCAGCGCCCUGCUCAUGACGGUCUCCCUCCUGCUGAAGAGCGUCCCCGCCAUGAGCUACGUGGCCAUCAUGGCCGUCAUGCUGUUCGUGGCGAUGUUCGAGCUGGGCCCCGGCCCCAUCCCGUGGUUCAUCGUGGCCGAGCUCUUCUCCCAGGGGCCGCGCCCGGCCGCCAUGGCCGUGGCCGGCUGCUGCAACUGGACCGCCAACUUCCUGGUUGGAAUGAGCUUCCCUAAACUCGUGGAAGUGUGCGGGCCGUGGGUCUUCCUCAUCUUUGCCGCCUUCCUCCUCCUCUUCUUCAUCUUCACCUUCAUCAAAGUCCCGGAGACCAAGGGCAAGACCUUCGACGAAAUCGCCCGCACCUUCGGCGGCGGCCCGCCCGCCACGUCCGCGUCCAUCGAGGACGCCCCGGCCAGCGCCAGCACCGCCGUGACGCUGCCGUCCUCCCCUGUGAAGGAGAAGGUUCCCCUGGUGGAGGCGGCGCCGGUGGCAGCGGCCGCCCCGUCGGCGGCGGCGGCGGCAGAGACGCCCGCGGCGGCCGCAGAGGCCACUGAGAGCACGCCUCUGGACAGCAAAGCCGGCAGCACAGGAGAGACGACAGAGCAGGUGUAG